AUCAUUUUCAUUUCACCAAGUUGCCUCUCAGUUGGUUUUUUCUUCUCUUCUUCUGAGAAAUUAAGUUUUUCUACAUGGCUCGAUCAGUGCCUUUGGUUUCCACCAUCUUUGUCUUAUUUCUUCUUGUUGUAGCAUCUGAGAUGGGACCAAGUAUUGUGGCAGAGGCAAGGAUUUGCAAAUCUCCAAGUGAAAAAUUCAAAGGAUUGUGUUAUAGUUACCGCAAUUGUGGUAAUGUAUGCCAAACAGAGGGUUUUGCUGGAGGAGAAUGCCAUGGCUUCCGUCGCAGAUGCUUUUGCACCAAACCUUGUUAAAAGUUGAAAAGAUUAUGAUUUCAUCAUCUUCUUUAUGUACUUUUGUUUAAUUUGGAAUAAUAGGGAGGAGUGUUCUUAAUUUUAAUAAUGGAUUUCUUUGUAGAAGAUUUCCCUUUAAGAAAAAUAAAGUUAAUAAAAGUAAUUAAGAUUUGAUCCA